AAAAGGGGAAACCUUGGAAGGAUGGAGAGCAGUAAAAAGGGUCAGAGGGAAGAAGAGAAACAAGGAGAUACAAUUCUCCCACAAGAUUUGGUGGAGGAUAUCCUCUUAAGACUACCUAUUAAGUCACUGGUGCGAUUCAGGUGCGUAUGUAAAAACUGGUGUGUUCUAAUUAAGAGCCCUCGUUUCAUUAGCAAGCAAAUCCAGAGAACAACUGAGAAUAACCCUCUUCUAAUUCUUAAUGGAUGUGCUUUUGACGGUGACGAUCAUGGACUCUACACUUUAGAUUAUGGGUCUUCCAAUCAAGCAACGAAACUAGAUUUCCCAUUCGAGUCGUUUGCGAAAUGUUUUGAUCGGGUUGAUAUUGUGGGUUCAUGUAAUGGUUUGGUAUGCUUGGGUUUCUCUGAGGGGCAGUAUUGUUGGGACACUAUUUGUUUGUGGAAUCCAGCUACUAGAGAACAAAAGUUCCUUCCAAAGAUUGACUCCACUUCCCAUUAUGUUUCCAUGGGAUUUGGUUUUGAUCCCAUUGUUAAUGAAUACAAAGUGGUAAGAGUUGUUUACUUCUCCGAUCGCUUUGAGACAAACACUGCUGUGUUAAAGUCGGAUGUGAGAGUGUAUACUCUUGGUACUGAUGAGUGGAGAAGAAUUGAAGAUAUUUCUUACCAUAUUAAUGAACGAGUGUCAAUGGCAAUUGUGAAUGGAGUUGUUCAUUGGACAGCCAGUUGCAGUUACCUACGUAGAAUGUCUGAAUUAGUCAUUUCUUUCGAUAGUGCGCAAGAGGUAUUCAAAGAGUUACCGCAACCAAAUUAUGGAGAUAAGAAUCAGAAGUUUAUCAAGCAUGUUGGGGUUCUGGGAGGAUGCCUCUCUGUUUUUUGCCAUUUCUCAGAUGAACGCAUAGAGAUUUGGAUGAUGAAGGACUAUGGGUUGAAGGAGUCUUGGACUAAGCAGUUUGUUAUUGGAGGACCAACAAUAUCUUGGUUCGUCUAUAUACAGCCGUUGGGACUUUGGACGGGUGGUGAAAUUCUAUUGGAGAAGGAUCACAGGUUGCUGGUUUUGUAUGAUACAAAAACUAACAGAGAGAGGGAGCCUGGAAUUCAGGGGCUUCCACAGAGAUUUUACUCUGUAAAUCACAUUGAGAGCCUCAUUUCACUAACGGUUGGCUAGCCUAAGGAACAAGAAUAAGAAGAGGAGGUAAUUACAAAUUUUUUAUGCCAUGUUGUCCUAUAUUGACCUCUUAUAAUUUGUGUACACAUUCUGUUGUCUACCUUUUCCCGCCCUUUGUACCCUUGGAUAAAAUGUUGACUCAUAACUUGUUCAUGGGUGGUUCUAUUUCCUAUAUAGGUUUUGUUGUAAAAAGUGCAUUAUUGUCUUGCAUUGAAUUGUAAGUCUUAUCAAAUGUUAGUUUAUUUAAAUGUCCAGAUGUGGUUGCCAGUGUAUGUGGUUUAUUAGCCAUCUGUAUGUGUAAAAGAAGAAUUAAAUGAUUGAUACAUUUCUUCCUGUGUCAGAGAAAAGUAGUCUGGAUUGAAUAAAAUGGGAGAAAUCCUCUCAUUCUGGAUUGAAUAAAAUGCCCGAACUAGAUUUCUGUUUUAGCUAUCUGAAGGGCAGUGAUUUAAUUUCAGUAAACACAUUCAGAAACUCGAAUGGGGAGCAGUCUAUAAUCUGUAUGAAUGUGAAAUGACAAUCUAAUGUCGUGAGAGAUUGGUUUCAUGUUUCCCAA